AUGUGCUCAAACUUGACAACCGGUGGCACAUCGUUUGACAACAAUAUGUCAUAUGAUGACGAGUAUGAAAAUAUCUCAAAUCUCAAUGUAAAAAGUUUCAAUGAGACAGUGGAUCUUUUAAACGAGUCCAAACUUCCAAAUCCUAUAUCAGUGGCAAGGAAGCAAGUUUUCACUGAAAAUGGAAUCCAUCGGUGCAAGAUUGCGGAGAUGCGUGGCAAAAUUCUGGAACUGGAAUCUGAAAACUGUGAACUCAAAAACUACAAUAAAAAACUGGAAAACGAGGCGGAAGGACUUCGGAAGAAUCUGAAGGAAGUGACAGCUGAAACUGUCAAAAUUUGUGAGGCGAGAAUUGAAAAUAUCGAUUUGGAAAUGGGAAAUGAGCAGGUGGAGUCGAGUUUUGAGGUUAAAGAGUUCCGAAGAGCUUUCGAAAUGAAGAAAUUGGAGUUGGAGGGGUGGAGAAAGGAUCAAAGGAUUCAAGAGUUGGAGGCACAGCUGGAGAAUUUAAAGAAACAGAAUCAGAAAAUUCGAAUCCAGAAGCCUACAGUAGUCGUCGAUAGGAAAUUUAAGAAAUUCCGUCAAAUCAAGAAAAGGGAGAGCUGA